AUGAAUAGUUCCACCUUGGAGGAAUCCGAUUGCACCAUAAGUGCUCUGUCACAAGAGUUGGACAAGACGGCAGCGGAAGGAAGGACCGUUAAACAAGAAGCUGGAAUAUUCCAAAAAGAUGAAGAAGGUGGAAUGUUUAUUAAAGGAGAUGAGGAAGUUAACGAAGUCGAGAUGCCAGAAGGAUCGAAUGAAGGCAAUGGAAUAUCAAAGAUGCGUACAAGUCGCAGUAUAUUUCGUUGCGGUUCACAAGGAUACGAUACAACCUAUCAGAUGUGCUGCGCUGGUAUAGUUGUGAGGAAAUAUGGCAGCAGCUCCAGAUGUUGUGGCAGGCAAAGAUACCAAGCAAAAACUCAGAUGUGCUGCGCUGGUACAGUUGUGAGGAAAUAUGGCAGCAGCUCCAGAUGUUGUGGCAGGCAAGGAUACCAAGCAAACACUCAGAUGUGCUGCGCUGGUACAGUUGUGAGGAAAUAUGGCAGCAGCUCCAGAUGUUGUGGCAGGCGAGGAUACCAAGCAAACACUCAGAUGUGCUGCGCUGGUACAGUUGUGGGGAAAUAUGGCAGCAGUUCCAGAUGUUGUGGCAGGCAAAGAUACCAAGCAAACACUCAGAUGUGCUGCGCUGGUACAGUUGUGAGGAAAUAUGGCAGCAGCUCCAGAUGUUGUGGCAGGCGAGGAUACCAAGCAAACACUCAGAUGUGCUGCGCUGGUACAGUUGUGAGGAAAUAUGGCAGCAGCUCCAUAUGUUGUGGCAGGCAAGGAUACCAAGCAAACACUCAGAUGUGCUGCGCUGGUACAGUUGUGAGGAAAUAUGGCAGCAGCUCCAGAUGUUGUGGCAGGCAAGGAUACCAAGCAAACACUCAGAUGUGCUGCGCUGGUACAGUUGUGAGGAAAUAUGGCAGCAGCUCCAGAUGUUGUGGCAGGCAAGGAUACCAAGCAAACACUCAGAUGUGCUGCGCUGGUACAGUUGUGAGGAAAUAUGGCAGCAGCUCCAGAUGUUGUGGCAGGCAAGGAUACCAAGCAAACACUCAGAUGUGCUGCGCUGGUACAGUUGUGAGGAAAUAUGGCAGCAGCUCCAGAUGUUGUGGCAGGCAAGGAUACCAAGCAAACACUCAGAUGUGCUGCGCUGGUACAGUUGUGAGGAAAUAUGGCAGCAGCUCCAGAUGUUGUGGCAGGCAAGGAUACCAAGCAAACACUCAGAUGUGCUGCGCUGGUACAGUUGUGAGGAAAUAUGGCAGCAGCUCCAGAUGUUGUGGCAGGCAAGGAUACCAAGCAAACACUCAGAUGUGCUGCGCUGGUACAGUUGUGAGGAAAUAUGGCAGCAGCUCCAUAUGUUGUGGCAGGCAAGGAUACCAAGCAAACACUGAGAUGUGCUGCUUUGGAAAAGUGGUGAGAAAAUAUGGUAGCAGUUUCAAAUGUUGAGGCUCGCAAGGAUACAAUGCAAAUUUCCGUAGAUGUUGCCUAGGUCAGUCUCGAUUCUAAUGCUGAUUCGAUUAUUCUACAGCUUUCACAAUAUGGCAGCUGUAGGAUAAUCUGCUGUAAUUUGAAGUCUUAUUUUUGUGUAUCUCUUUCUGAUCGAGUUCUCGUUCUGUACCUCGUUUUUUUCCGAUCGAAUUUAAGGUGUGAAACGCAUGGGCCAUACAUCCCAGCGGAAAAAGCAUGAUUCUGUAAUAUAGGAUACAGACCAAGUAUUCGAAGUUAGUAAAAUAAUUAUUAAAUCUUUGGUUUCAAAUAGAAUGGGAUUAUUUCAAUUCAAACAAGCUUUAAUAGGUUGUUCAGUGAAAUACGGCCGUCGAAAUAACUUGCAACCGUAGCCAGUGUGUACUCAACGAUAUAAUAAAUGUGAUUAGUAUGUACCACUUAUGAGAAUAGUGCUUUUCACGCGCGCUGAUUGGCUAUUUCGUAAAUGAAUACAGGUACUAUAUUCAUCUCCAAGCAACCGAAGAGACAAAACCACGCGUCAAGAGUUUAAUUUCCGACCAUUUUUGAUAUAUAUAUAUUGAAAGAAAUAAACGAUUUUUUUGGUAUC